AUGUCUUCAAUUACCAUCUUACCACCUACAACAACAUCAUACUCAUCAGCAGCAUCAUCAAAUCUUCCCAACAUCAAUAUUCCACCUCUUCGACCAUCAUAUUUAUCAUCAAAUAUUCCACCACCAAAUAUUCCACCAACAUACCACCAUUUAGUCCAACAAAUUCCACGAAAACCAUCUCUUUACGGUGCUGGUCAACGAAAAUUUAAUCAUUUCAAGAGAUUUCAAACAGGAACAACAACAACAUUUAAUGGAUAUACAAAUAUUACCGGCUUUCCUCAAACCAUCAUUCCACCUCGACCAGCACCACGUCGUCAUCCACCACCAACAUCAUCAUCACCCUAUUACCACCAACAUAAUCAUCAUCCACACCACCAAUAUUAUAACCACCAUCAUUAUCCUCAUCAAAAUUUCAACAUUAACACCAACAACUUACCAUCAUUAUUAUCCAUCAACCCCUUCCAUUUACCACCACGCCACCAUACACGCACCUACCACCAAGCCCAACAAUUUCAUCCAAAUCAUCAACAACAUUUUCCACGAUCAUUAUCACGUUCCCGCUUCCAUUUAUUAUCACAAUUACCAUCACGAUCCCGCUCACGUUCCCAUUCAAAUUAUCGUCCAACACCACCACCCAUCAAACCCCGCCGAGUCCACCAACAACAACAUCAACAGAAAUUUAAUCGUCCUCAUUAUCAUCAACAACAUCAUCGAAAUUAUCACCAUUCACCAACACCAAAUUCAAAUAUUAUUUAUAAUGAUAAUAAACGUACAUUAAAUGGAAUUAUCUUAUCUGAUUCAAUGUGUUCCCGGCUUAGAAUGUAUGCCAUUAAAAAAUUACCUAAUUAUAAUGUAGAAUUAAGUUAUGAAUCCGGAUGUGAUAUUUAUGGUAUGAUUAACUGGCUCAAAACUCCGGAAGGUCAAAAUACGGUAGGAAAUAAGGACUUAAUAGUUUUGAGUUUGGGUACUAAUGACGUGGGGCGGUACGGCGUUGACGUUUCUCUGAAGCGAUGUUGUGAGCUCAUAAGUUUUAUUCGACAGUCAUUCCCUGGCAACCGAGCCAUUGGUUGGUUAGCUUUGUCACCACGAUGGAAACCAACGAGAUUCGUCUCUGCGGCCAACAUCGGACAAAUGCAUAGUCAAUUUAAUGAGCGUCUUCGGAUCUUAUCCCAGCAAUGGGAUUUUGAUGUUGUUGACGCGCGCUUAGGACUUGUGGAUAUGCGUGUAGAGGAUGGGCUACAUCCAUCCAAUACCACUGGCAAAUGGAAAUAUGAAGGAGCACUUCGUGAAUGGUUCUCUUCACGUGCUGUCGCACGUUUUUCUUCUUCUUAUUUUCAGCGUCGUCGAUAUCAAACAACACCAACUACACCCACGACGACAACAACAUUAUAUCCCAACAACAAUUACAAUAAUAAUAAUCAAAUACAACGGCAAACCCAAUAUCGCCGAAAUUAUUAUCAACAACAACAGCAACAAAAUUAUAUAAGGUCAGUGACAACUUCUCAUAAUAGAAAUAAUAGUACUCAGCCGUUUAUAGUCACAACAGACAGGAUAAUAGAGAAAGUAGAAAGAAGUAGCAAUAGACACCCAUGUUUUCCAUCGAGAUCUCUAAUAAAAUUUUAUCCACAUAAAUUAAGAACUAAAGA